AUGUUUGCCUCUUCCGUUGCACGCUCGUCCAUUCGCGGAGUCUCUAGGAGCUCCACUGUUCCCGCAGUCUCCUCUGCACAGCCCUUCGCUCAAGUCGCUCGCACCUCGUUUGCUCAUUCAGCGCGCAGAGGCUACGCAUCCGCUCCCUCUUCUGGAUCAUCAUCUAACUUGCCGCUCUUGCUCGCCCUAGGAGGUCUUGGAGGUUUGGGAGCAUGGUACGGUCUGGGCGGAUUCGACUCUGGAAACGUCAAAAAGGUCGCUUCGGAAGCCGAGGGUGCGCUGGGAUUGGGCGCCCUGUCCAAGGACGAGUUCAGAGAGUUUACGCUCAAGGAGGUCAAGCCGUACAAUCACGAUAGCGCAUUCUACAUUUUCGAGCUGCCCGACAACGCCAAACCUGGAAUGGGUGUCGCAUCUGCUGUCCUCAUCAAGGGCGCUGGCGACGAUGCAAAGGACAAGGAUGGCAAGCCAGUCAUGCGUCCUUACACUCCCGUCUCUUCUCCCGCCACUCCUGGCCACAUUGACUUUUUGAUCAAGAGAUAUGUGAGCGUGGCGCGUGCGCUUGCUCUCCCAGUCGACCUCCGUAUGCUGAUCUGGCGCUUUUCCCUGCCUCGCAGCCGAAUGGAGCCAUGACAAAUCACAUUCACGGCCUCAAGCCUGGUGACAAGGUGGCCAUCAAGGGUCCCCUUCCCAAACUUCCCGUGAGUGCGACAAGUGCGAGUGCAAGUGCGAGCGCGAUAGGGUUCCCACGGGUGACAAAUCCUCGCUCACACCGCACCCUCAGUACAAGGCCAAUGAGUUUGAGCACAUUGGAAUGAUUGCAGGUGGUACCGGCAUCACUCCAAUGUGGCAAGUCAUUCAGCAAAUUGCGUCGGACAAGAACGACAAGACCAACGUGACGUUGAUCUACACCAACAAGUCGGAAAAGGACAUUUUGCUUCGGGAAGAAUUUGACAGACUGUCCAAGAGCGAUCCUCGCUUCAAAGUCAUCUACGGUCUGGACAAGAAGAGCGGAAGCGUGCCUGCGAGCACCUUCGAGGGCUACAUUACCCACGAGAUCAUCUCGCAAAACUUGCCCGUGAGUAUAAAGAUGAGUCAAGUCGGUGACGCUUGGCUGAUAUCUCACCCCUCCCCAACGAAGCUUCCCGGCAAGGCGGACAAGGUCAAGGUUCUCGUAUGCGGCCCGCCACCCAUGUACGAAGCUAUUUCGGGUGGCAAGGGUCCCAAGGGAAGCCAAGGCGAUCUCAAGGGACUCUUGGCAGACGCAGGCUACCAAGCUGACCAAGGUGAGAAUGCGCCAGCGCAGACAUGACGCUUUGGAUUGGCAGCUGACAUUUUCACGUCUUUAGUCUACAAAUUCUGA